UUUAACGUAACGUGGCUGCACGGCAGAAGUUCUCCUCCUACUUAGGAGGGUGUGUCUGUCCGAGAGAAAAACGCACAGUUCUUACACAGUUUGAACUUCCUUUCGACAGCUUCGACUUGAGUGUUUGGUACCACCCGUUAUUACUGACGCUGCAGUCAUUUCAUGAGCGGACAGGGCUGCUGUGGCAGGAGACACGUCUCUGUAGACUUUAUUGUUUGUCUUAAAAAGUAGUUGUCGGUCUGACGCAGCGUUCGCGUGGGACGCUUCACUGAUCAUGGGGGAUGUGAUUUCUAGUCACCUGGAUGAAGGCAAGCGGGAGAUUAUCACAGCUCGGACCAGAAAGGUGAUUGCUGAGUUUGGGCGUUUGUAUGAGCAGCAGUACGCGGUAGCUCUGUUCAACAAAGUUCGCUUUGACGUAGAGGGAGGAGGAACCCUGCAACCUCAGCUGCUUCACCGCAAGAUUCCUCUGGAGAACAAGGACAUUUUUUCAGGCUCCCUCUUCCAGUACUUGGAGGAAAACAAGAAAUGGAGGAACCACUUCCUUUCCAUCCCAGACUCCCAUGACGUCAAGUACUACGACAGCAAGGCGUCCCAUGACAGACUCCUCCAUCCCAAAGGAACCAUCAACUGUGCCGGGUAUAAAGUCCUGACAUCUAUGGAGCAAUACCUGAAUCUGAUCAGCAACAGCUUGCCAGGUGUUAAAGCCAAGGUGGGAAGUUCCCCCUUUCUAAAGUGUGCCACUCCGUACCCUCUGAUAAUGUGGCACCCUUAUGCCCGCCACUACUAUUUCUGUGUGACGACAGAGAAAGAGCAGCAGAAGUGGUAUAUGGUACUCCAAGACUGUGUCAGACACUCCAACAAUGGUUUGUCAGAUGAGAAAAAAGUUCAGACACCAGCCUUCACUACUGCAGUGCGACUCUACCGUCAAGCUCAAGGCCAGUAUGGCACCUGGGAAAUGAUGUGUGGUGCACCGUCACAGAUCUUGUCUAACCUGGUGAUGGAGGGCCUCCUCUCGGAGCUGAGAGACCUCAUCUCCCCCCGCCUCAAAGGCAAACUCCAUGAGAGACAAAGGAACUGGAUACUGAUCAGUGAUGCUGUGUACAGCCUGGUGCAGGCGCAGUGCCAGACGCAGUAUGAAGCAGUGUUGCAGAAGUGUGAGGCUAACCGCUCUUCUUUAGAGGCCUCCAUACGAACAGACGUGGACCAGAUCAUCACAUCCAAGGAACACGUGACCAACAAGAUCAGAGCCGUGGUUCUUCCUAAAGCAGAGAAGCUGCUGAAGGUGAGCAUUCAGCCCUACAUCAGCUCCAUCCUAGAGGCCCUGCUGGAGCCCACCAGCCGAGGGUUCUUCGAGGUCCGCGAGGUUUUCUUCCGAGAGCUGGUGGACAUGAGCAAAAACGUCCUGAAUGAGGGCACUAAGGAGAUGGUGGCACAGCACAUGGAGAAGAUCUCAAUGCUUGCCUUCCAUCCAGUGAAGAUGUGCAGCUGCUAUGAAAAGGUGAUGCAGCUGAGUCUGGAAGGUCUGGAUCAGAGAUUUGACAUCUCGAGCCCCUCGGUGUUCAUCCAGAGGGUCCAGAUCCUCAUGAGAGAGCAAAUGGACAAUGCUGUUUAUACAUUUGAGCAGAUCCUUCACCAGAGUCUGGAGUCUCAGGGCGGUGAGGAUCUCUGUAAGACUAUCCAGCGCUGCCAGGACAGAGUUAUCAAGAAGUUUGACUAUGACAGCAGCACAGUGAGGAAGUGUUUCUUCCGCGAGGCUCUCUUGCAGAUCUUCAUCCCCUACAUUCUAAAGCAGCUCAACCCUUGCUUUGUAUCUGAGUUGCCACGCUUUGAGGAGCUCAUCUUCGAGGACUUUUCCCACUUCAUCCUGGUAGAAAACAUCUUUGAAGAGGUUGUGCUGCAGUCAGUCAUGAAGGACAUUAUAAUGGCUGUAAAGGAGGCGGCAGUCCAAAGGAGACACAAUCUGUACAGGGACAGUAUUGUUCUGAGCAACAGUGACCCCAACCUGCAUCUGCUUGGAGAUAAUCCCUCCAUCGACUGGGCGGGACAGUACGGAGGCGACCAGGAGGAGGUGGAUGGGGCAGAGAAUGAUGCCGAGUACGAUGGUGAGGUGGAAAGUGUGACGUCCCGGAAGAAGAAAAGAGUGAAGCAGGUGGUGUCCUUGAUCCAGACGGACGGCACCGCUGUCCUGCCUAGCGAGUCGUGCCUGGAGGUGCCUGGUGUUGAAGACAUACCAGAGGAAGAUGGAGAGGGGCGGAAAGAGAAUGGAGCUGGGGAGGAGAACUCUGAAAACAAACCUUUGUGUGACCACAAUGGAUUUGCAAGUCUCAAAGCCUCCACAGGAAAGCCAGAAGACGACAACGAACCCGAGGAGCAGCAGAAAGAGGAAUUCCAGGCGACCGAGUCUGCAGGAGAGGGAGAGGAAAGUCAGGCUGUGGCAGAAAAGCAGCCAUCAUCCAAGCAGGACGAGUCGGAGCUUUUACUCCUGCCUCCUGCUCCAGCAGCACAAAAGGAGUCUGAGAAUCAGGAGACGAGCGUCGCUGCAGGAGCCCAGCGACUAAAGUGAAUCCUGCCCGCUUCCUUUUGCUUUUCCCGUUUAUACCAAGUUUAAGACACUAAACACCUUUUUUAACCACAACAACCCAAACUUUGUCUUCACCUGGUAGAAACUGUGUGCUGUGUAUAAAUGUGACAAGCUGCAAGAGCGCCAGGAUCGAGGUGCCUUCAAGAAGCUGGAUGUUUUCUGUGGUUUGACCUUCAAUCGGACUUUUCUAACUGCGUGAUUCAAACUGUAAACAUUAAACUGUCACUGAGUGAUGAGCGGCUUAAAGAACGUGCGACCAAAGAAUGAAUCCUGAGUGCAGACGAUCGUGUCCAUGUCAGCACGAGUUUGUUUUGUGUUGGUGGGAACGGCACCGUUUUACAUCAGUAACAAGAAAGAUUUUAUUAACUGUAAUUUUACAUCAUUUUCUAUCAUUUCCACACUUUUUCAUUUUUAGAUUGAACUUUCUGAAGCAAAUGAUUUAUUGGUAAUAAAUUAUCGAUCAAAA